ACAGUCAGAAGUAUUCAAAAUGCAAAUCCAACUCGAUAAAACUCAAAAGUUUAAAAGAUACAGCGCGAAACUAUGUCACUGUAAUUAUGAAAACACCCAUUUUUAUUUAUCUCUUACAGCUCAUUUUAAGACCGAUAAGUUUACUGACAUAAGUUUGCCCAAAUUAUUUUUUGUAUUAUUCUUAAUCUGAAAUUUGUAUCCGUUAAAUUUCUAAACGCUGAAUUUGGGAUUUUUUAAAGUAACUAAUUUUAUUCAAGAUGGUGAAGAGAAUCAAAGUUGAAGGUUAUGAAGCAGUUAAAAAAGCAAUUAGUGAAAAUUCCAACUCCAAUGCAUUAUUUGUUCUAUUUAGUGGAUCUAAAGAUGCUAAUGGUCAGAGUUGGUGUCCAGAUUGCGUUACAGCUGAUCCAAUUAUAGAAGAAGGUUUGCAAAGUGCACCUGAAGAUAGCGUUUUUAUUUAUUGUGGUGUAGGAAGUAGAGAUUAUUGGAAAAAUCCUAACAAUGAUUUUAGGAAAGAUGAAAAAUUUAAGCUGACAAGUGUCCCUACUCUAAUGAAGUGGAAUACUGCAAGAAGAUUAGAUGAUGAUCAAUGUAAAAGUGCUGCUCUUGUUACUAUGUUAUUUGAAGAUUGAUUAUUAAUAAGUGCAUUUAUAGUCAUCUAUUACCUGUCUUCCUCUCUGUAUAUAAACCAUUAAUUAUUUUUAUUGUUUUAUGUUAAGAUAUGGUGGCUAUACUUUGCUUAAAUCAAAUUAUAGUUAUAAAUAAAUGUUUUAAAAUUCUGAAGACAAAGUUACUAUAUUUUAAAAAUAGCUGAGGAGCAGAAUUAUGUAUUCAGUGUUCUGCAGCAAUACUUUUGAUAAUUACUAAUGCCUUGCAAGUAUUGCCCAAAAUUAACUCUCAACAAUCAAAUUAUGAAUUUUUUAAAACUGCAAAUUUUAUUUUGAAAACAAAAAUUGAAAAAGGAAUUCUAUACUUAGUUAAAUAAACAGCAUCAGGAGGUCAAACAAAGAUUUUUUUUGAGGCCCAUUUUUGUGAAAAAUUAAAAUAUUUUUGGGAAAUGUUCUUAAUCAAAUAAAAAAUAAAAAUUUUAAAAAAUGAGCUGUCAAUAUAUUUUUUGUUUAUUAUCAAAAAAUGUCAGGUAUGUGCCACAAUUUGAUAAAAUGCCAAAAAUACUAAUACCUUUUAAUAAAUUAAAUGCAGUGAAAGAGUUGUUUUUAUGAAUUUAAUUUUGUAAAGAAGUCAUCUUUAUAGAUUUUAAUUUUGAAAAGAGACCUUUUUGUUGAAUUUUGUCUUUUUUUUGCCUGGAUCAGCCCCUGAGCUUGUAAAAUUUUCAUUGUGAAUUGCACCUUAAUUAUUAUGUAGUGACGUGUACGCAAAUACUUCUGAGACAUAUAUUGUUCUGCUAUGUACUUCUUAGUUUUAAGCACUUUAUGCUUUACUUUCUGUUUAACAACUAAUUAUUAUUAUUAUUUAAGAAAAUAUAUAAUUCAGUACCCUUUGAACAUGUCACUCUUAUAAAGUAACAAUAAGAAAUUCAAUGUAAUGAAAGUCAUUGUAAAGUAAUACAAACAAUGUACAAGUAAAACUAGUUAUGUAAAUGUCAAUAAUAAACUGCUCAUAUUUAUUUAUAAAAAUAACAAAUAUUUAUUUCUUUAAAAUUGUUUUUAAUUUGUAUGACUGUCCCUGAGAAGCAGUUCAGGUGUUAUGAUGUAAAAUAUAUGGGCUACUUAACAAUACUAACUAAAAACUUUGUUCUAAUUUUAUUAAUUUUAGAUUGAUAUUUAUGUUGACAUACAUCAUUAAUAAUUCUUUUAAACUAAUAGAAAAAUAAAUACAAAUGUGUGUUGUUGCUUAUAGUUACUGAAUGUUAUUAAUAAUUUAGAUAUAAAUGUUCUAAAGACUUAUAAUUUAGAGUUGCCAAAGAAUAGAAUAAAGGAAAUUAUUUGGAAAUAAACCAACCUCCAUAGCAUCAACUAAAUGUUUCCUUUUAAAAUUAAUAGAUGGCUCCACCCUAUCUAGAGUAAACUAGAAACUUUGAGAGAGAUAUUGCUGUGACAUUAUAGGGGAGUGUCCUUAUAGUAUUAUUUGUCUAAAUAGUAUUUAUUGGACAAAAAAAUGAUGCUUAGUAUAUCUGGAUUGUCUUUUUUUUAGUAAUAAUAAUGUUUAAAAAAAAAUUCGUGUGAUAAAUAUGUUGUUAAUGUGUAUAGAUGCGUUUAAAUCAUCUGUUGUUCAUUUCCAUGCACUGUAAUAUUAAAAAGUUUGGAAAUGGAUAGAUUUGAUUCCUGGUGCUUCAUCAUAUAAUUCUGGCAAUAGAUAUUAAAAUGCCAUUUAUUUUUUAAAAUCUAUUCAAGGCAAAAUAAGAUUACUCUUAUUGCAGAACAGUUUGUAACUAUGUCUUGGAAUUUCUUUGUGGUAAUCUUUUUGUAAAAAAAAAAAAAAAGCUUAUGUCUUUGGAAAUAAUACUUCAUUCCUUGAAACUGUGCUUUCAAACAAUCAUUGCCUUAAUAGUGAACUUUUUUUAUUUAUUUCAUUAUAAAUAUCUUUCUGUAUAUUUUAUCUUACUUCUAUUUAUAAAAUUUAACAUCUUAGUUGUUCAAGUUAUUUUAAAGAAAUUAAUAAAUGUUAAUUGAAUGAAAAAUAUAAUUUCAAUUAUUUGUGUAAAUUAUAGAGAGAGUUAUUAGGUACCUAUACAACCAAAUUUUUACUUAAUCAUUGUUCUCAAUAUUUCCCACAAUAUGUUCAUAAAACUAGAAAUAAAACUUCCAUUCCAUUAUU